AUAUAUACAUGUAUCUCUUAGUAUACUUAUAUUUGCUUGUAUUUACAUAAACUGUCAAAUCCCAAUUAUGCAGAAUGUGUUUACACAUCCUUCCAUACCCCAGGGCAACAAUCACAUUUUUCACGGAGCCCAGAAAGCGCGUCAUACAAAGCGGUCAAGCACACAGCCUUGAAACCCGCGGUCCCGAGCAGCACGAGGCCGGCGGCGGCGACGAGGCGCUCGAAGGGGCGGCGCAAGGACGGACUUGACCUCGCACUCGCGCCGCGACCGUUGGGGGAACCGCACGCUCACCACCAUGUCGGGAAGUGUGGCCGAAAUCAGCGUGCAGAGAAGAGCCUCGGUGCCUCGCGAAGAAGCCAGGAAGCCCAAGCCCGUCGAGGGGAAGGAUGGCGGAGACUCGAAGGAACUCAGGGAGAAGAUACUUAGUCGACUCAAGAUUGUGGGUCGUCUCGUCCUAUCGGUGCUGUUCGAGUUUCUGAAGCUGAACGGGCAGGCACUGUAUCUGCUAGGGAAGGACAUCCUUGAGUUGGCUAUUCCCCCGAAGGAAAAAUCGCUGCGUGGGUCACUGGUGCUGAUCACAGGGUCGGGACAAAACCUAGGUCGUGAAUUAUCUCUUCAGCUUUCCCAACACGGCGCUAGACUCGUGCUCUGGGACUUCAAUGAGGACCAAAACGAAGAGACGGCGAAGAUGAUCCGCGACGGAGGAGGCGAAGCACACGCGUUCACCUGCGACGUGUCCGACCAGAGAGUCGUCGCCUCGGUGGCUGCCAAGGUGACGAGAGAAUUCCUGGGCAACAUGAUAGACCUCGGCCGCGGACACAUCGUGAGCGUGUCGUCCAUCCUCGGCUACAUGGGAAGGAACUACGUCGUGCCUUACUGUGCCUCCAAAUUCGGCGUCAAAGGCAUGACGGAGGCCCUGGCGGAGGAGGUGCGGAAGUCGGGGAAGGGGCAAAACAUCUGCGUGACGGCCGUCCAUCCCUUCCUCAUCUCCAAUGUCAGUGACGUGAAGCCGAACCUCAAGUUCCCGUCACUGUUUGAGGUUCUGACGCCCACCGAGGCCGCCAGGAGGAUCAUCCGAGGCAUCAGGAGGAACCAGGAGGAGCUGUUCCUUCCCGAAAAACUCAAACCUCUUAUGAUGAUGUCGAAAGUGCUGCCCCGCAGCCUGCGGCGCCUCUUUGGAGACUAUAUGGAGUACUGACCUGAUCUUGAUCUUCGGUUCGUGCAAGAUCAGAACAGGAAUGCGUUGUGUUUUGCGUACGGCCUCAUAAUGUGUAUCACAGACUUGUAGAGAAUGAGCCCAACCACAACCAUGCUGAUUCUUAAAGUAAAGGCAUUAAUAUAGUUUUGCUCAGAAAAUAAAUUCUAUAUCAACUUGUGUAUGAUCAUUA